UGGUGAAUCCGAACCGGUGAGUACAUAUCUAGGAAAAUAGUGUCCCGGCCAAAAAGAUAUUCAGUCAAAACCAAGUGCAUGUACCUUGCCGUGGCGUUGAUCAUAAUAAUAGCAAGUUUGGUCAGGCUACAAGUAAGUCGGAUUUUGAUUAUUAUGAAAUGGACGCUUUUUUCUAUUCCUACACUACAAUUUCUGCUCUGUGUAAGUGACCCUUGGCACGCGUCGCCCUAUCCACGUCACGGCUAUGACGCAUUCACGCUGCCUUUUUGAUGGUAUACGCAAUGGGCCCCCAAGGAGUUCUGGUUAUGGCCAUAAGCAUCGUCGGGGCGAUGGCGUUUAUCCCCCAUGGUUCUAUUGGGGAAAAGGAGCAUAUGCUAACAGAAGCUUUGCUUCGUGAAGUUGUCGAGCGUAUGGGCAAGGACCUAAACGAUGCAGCGUCAACUUACCUCGACUUUCCGUCGAACGAGAGGCACCUCGCGUUGAUGUCCAGGGCCAACAAAGACCUGGAGAACGAGCAGCUGGAUUACGACUCUCUGAUCGACGGCAACCCCAACCCCAGCCUGCGCGACCAAGAGUAUUUGCAGCACAGUUCAUUAUGGGGCCAUCAGUACGUAACCGGUGGUGCAGGAGAGGGUGAUCAGCGUCUGCGUCCAUCCGGUCUAGUUCCAAACCGCCAGAUGAUCAAGACCGACGCGGUCCUCCCAGCAUAUUGCAACCCACCUAACCCGUGUCCUGUUGGAUAUACCGAAGAACAAGGCUGCAUUACGGACUUCGAGAACACAGCCGCCUUCAGCCGCGAGUACCAGCUUUCGCAGCGAUGUAUGUGUGACGGCGAGCACAUGUUCAGUUGCCCGCCAGAGCCACCCUCCGAAUACGAGAUGCGAUUCCCUGACCACCACAAGAACCUCGUGGCCAAGAAGUACAAGGACGAUGUGGAAAACCCGUACCUACUGGGUGCACGCCUACCUAUAGCAGCCAAAAAAGGAUUCGACGUUCACAUUUAUUAAUUUUUGUCUUGCAGUAGUUCUACAUCACAGUGUUAGAUUUUACUAAAUGUCUUUAAGAUGAUAGGAUAUAUAUUUGUGUAAACAUUUUCUGAUCACCAUUGCAAUCUCAUAUUGAAACGAGAAGGUCCUUGCUAUUGGAUAUGAUUUUGUAUUUAAGAUCUUAGGUAAGGCAUCGCUUUACGACUUUCACGUUUACAAAUUCGUAUGAACGUCAUGUUUUUAAACCAUUCUCGUUUUAAUAGUUCAUUUUAAUUUACACUACACAUAAGUAUUAUAGUUUA